UCCCUUGGUGCUGCGUCGGGAUGCUUUUGGCGGCCCUAGUGCUCCCGUUACCCAUAUUCUCCGUACGCUGCAUUGAUCCACCAGUAUUGGAGAGUAUGAAGCUUAAGGGUGUCAUUAAACGCCAUUAUUACCCUGGGGACAGAAUAGACUAUGAGUGUUACCGAGGAUACUUUUAUGUGUUGCCUUAUCUCCUCUCAGCUACUUGUGAGCCUAAUGGCUCAUGGAGCCGUAUUGAAGAAGCAUGUUUAAGAAAAUCAUGUCCAGAUAUCAAAGUAAAGCAUGGUAAAGUCGUUGCCCCAAAUGAAACAUUUGAGUGGGAAUCAGAAGCUCACAUUUCUUGUGAUGAGGGUUAUUUCUUAAGAGGAAAACCUAUUAUAGUUUGUAACCUAAUUGGAGAGAAUGUGUCUUGGAGUGAUACGAUUCCACACUGUGAAAAGAUUUAUUGUGGACAACCUCCAAAAAUAAAACAUGGAAAACACACCAAUAGCUACAGAAAUAUAUUUGAAUAUAAUGAAUUGAUAACUUAUAGUUGUGAUCUUUCAAAUGGACCAGAUGAAUAUUCACUUGUUGGACAGAGCAAGCUUGUUUGUAUUGAACCUAACAAAUGGAGUAGUGACCCUCCUCUGUGUAAAGUUGUCAAAUGUGAACGACCAUUUCUUGAACAUGGAAUAAUGGUGUCAGGAAGUAGAGAAAAAUUUUCGUACCAAUCAGUGGUGGUGUUUGAAUGCCUCCAGGGUUUUUACCUUAAUGGCAGCAACCUAGUGUUCUGUGGUGGUAAUGAUACUUGGGAACCUGAGAUGCCAACAUGUAUUAAAGGUUACAGGCCAACUCAUCCAACAAAGACUCCACUUUCACAAUAUCCAGGAUAUCCCAAUCCCGUUGAAGAAAUACCAUCACUUGAAGACUUUGAGGAUUUAGAUGCAGGAAUCAUUGCUCUGGCUAUUCUUACUGCAAUUGUUGCUGUUAUAGUAGUUUGUACGUGCCUAUACAGAUGUCUUUUCAGUGGGAAGAAGGAAGAGAAGGACAUGAAAGAGAAGGCGAAGGAAAUAAAAGAGAAGGAAGAGAGGGAAAUGAGAGAGAAGGAGGAGAGGAAGGAGAAGGAGGAGAAGGAGAAGGAGGAGAAGAAAGAGAAGGAGAGGAAGGAGAAAGAGAAGGAGAAGAAGGAGAAAGAGAAGAAGGAGAAGAAGGAAAAGGAGAUGAAGGAGAAAGAGAAGGAGAAGAAGGAGAAGGAAAAGGAGAAGAAGGAGAAAGAGUUCCACUUCGAAUGCAGAGGGAGACCUGAGAACAGCAGAAAGACAGUGAGACCGCCGAGGCAGCGAGCGUGCCAGGGUGCUGGCUCGGAGGACGCAGGAGGGGGCCGCAAGCCAAAGCACACAGCUCUGCAAGCUGAAAAAGCUUCUCAAAACGCGGAGUUGCCGACAUCUUACACGAAGACUUACCAGGUCCGAGAUUUAGCGCAGUCUUUUUACUCUAAGUUGGUCAAAGAUUCGACUUCUCUCCUGUUUAUUGAGAUUGACCGGCCCUUAGUUCCGCAGCUGGAAAUUCUUUGCCAGUGCAACCGGCGUGAGGCUGCGGGUGCCUUCAGCCCAAUGCACUCUCCACUGAUACGCUUCCAGUAA